UAUUUUCUUACAAUUCAUGAAAAACAACUUCUUCUUCUUGAUAUAUUGGGUUAUUUACUUUGACUAAGAUACCCAGAAUGACGGUUGCUGUAGAGGAUCUUGAAGACAAGGAUUUGGAUGAAUUAAUUGCUAAUGGAUCCUUGGAUGCGGUGAAGCAAGAAAAUGUUGAUCCUGAGACCAUGAUUCAGUACUAUCGCCAUUUGUUUCCCUGGCGGUUACUAUUUCAAUGGCUGAAUCAUGGUCCUGUUCCCCAAAAAGACUUUACGGAUAGAGAGUUUGCAUUUACUUUACCCAAUGAUGCAUACGUGCGAUACCUGUCAUUUCAAUCUUGGGAAGAAUUAAAGAAAGAAGCCAUCGGUAUGUGUCCAAGCAGAUUUGAAAUUGGACCAGUUUACAGUGUAAAUCCAAGAGAUAGAAAAACCUUAAGGAAAGCUUCGUUUCGCCCAUUACAAAAGGAACUAGUUUUCGAUAUCGAUAUGACCGACUAUGACGAUGUUCGUACAUGUUGCUCCAAAACAAACAUUUGUGAAAAGUGCUGGUCUUUUAUUACAGUUGCUGUAGAAAUUAUAGAUGUUGCUUUACGUGAAGAUUUUGGGUUCAAUCAUAUUCUCUGGGUUUACUCUGGUCGACGUGGUAUUCACGCUUGGAUUUGUGACGAAAUGGCUCGUUCAAUGGACGAUCGUUCCCGAAAAAUGAUUGCUGGCUAUCUACAAGUUGUGGCAGGAAAUCCUCAAGGCGGUGUACGAAUCCUUAACAAUUUAAAGCGCCCUCUACAUCCUCACUUGUCUCGUUCGCUCGACAUUCUCAAAUCUGUUUUUGCUAAAGUUGUUUUGGAAGAUCAAGAUCCAUGGGUUUCUGAAGUAGGUGCAGAAAAUCUUUUGAAACUAUUACCUAGUGAAUCAUUAGCAUCUGCACUACGGAAAAAAUGGGAGAUGGAUCCUGGACGCGCUAGUAUAAAGAAAUGGUCAGACAUUGAUGCUGCAAUUGCAUCUGGAAACUUUGAUCUCUCCCCAAAUGUUAUUGCUCACGCGAAACAAGAUAUCGUUCUGACAUAUCUAUAUCCACGAUUAGAUGUUGAAGUCUCUAAGCACUUAAACCAUCUGCUAAAAUCCCCCUUUUGCGUUCAUCCAGGAACUGGACGCGUUUGUGUUCCCAUUGAUAUUCAAGAUAUGAGCAGCUUUAAUCCUCUUUGUGUUCCUACUGUCCAUACUCUGUUGAGUCAACUUGAUCAACAAUCCGUUACUCAUUCAAACUCUUUACAGAAUGCUCCCUCUUCUCCAUCUGCUGGUGAAACAUCUAAUCCUUCAUCGACAGCCUCUAUCUCCACAGAUCUUGAUCCUUUUACAGCGUAUUUUAGAUCUUUUAGUAACAAUCUCUCCAAAUCCACAACGCAUAACAAACGAAAGGCCGAUCCUUUAGAGUUCUAAUGCAUGUAUCAGUUAAUUUUUAUUUUACCGGGUCCUUCAAAUACGUUAAUUAGCUUAGACUGAAAUUAUUUUUAUCAACAGUACUUUUAUUACAAAUUAGCAUUACCUUU